AUGGCACCCUUUUAUCCCAAUUCGGAACCCUAUUCAGACCUUUUCGUCACGUACUCCUCUCAAAAAGACGCAUCAUCCAGACCAGGUGCGCUUUCCUUGUGUAAGAACUGCUUUCGGUGGUAUAAAUGCAUCUGCUGUUCAAAUAGGUACGACCAUCAGGUAGCCAGCAGCCCUGUGUCGGUAUUGUUCAACCCUAAUUUCUUCAACUCUUUCCUUCUGCUGGACAAGCUUUUGACAGGAAGGGUUGAAAAAUCGGCAAGGGCACCUCUCACCGAUUUUAGGGUUUCAAUUGCUAUCCUGGUCAAUAAAUUAACCAGGUUUACAGUAAGUGCUUUGAAAUCCUCUAUUCAGCUCCAACAACAUCUACUUAAGUUCAUCAUGUGUGGUACUACUUUUGUAAGUCGUUUACGUGCGUGUUAUCUGCUCUGCAAAAAGAUCAAUUUUUAUAAAGUACAGGUUUUGACUUUUGAGUAUUUUGAACUAGAAGGAAACCGUUUUGUUUCUAUAGAUGCAUUGCUACAGGAAAUGUCAUUUAAAGAACAUCAUUCAACAGCAGUUUCAAGGAAGGAAAGAAGAUAUUUCAAAUCCACAAGGAACAAACGGAUCUUGCUAUCCAACAAUUGUUUAUACUUAAUCUUCGUAUUGCCUUGGUUGAGGCUUUUUCUCAAAUCAGUUGGACCUCAUAUUUGGCAUCUGGAAGGAUGUAAGUGGGAAUGUUCGCUAUUGUCGCAAGGUGUGAAAUCGGUGGAUAGAGAUUGGAAGGUGAGGAAAUUCAUCACACAUACGUCGGAAUUUGUAGGGCUUCACACCGGAUGGUUUAAUUCUAUUUCAAGUUCACAAUCGAUCAACUUGCUGACAUCGCUGUCGGUUGACUCAAAUAUGAAGCUUAUUAAGCCACCUUUUAGAUAG